ACAGUCCGCACAUACACGCGACACGCUCGACGCCACCGCCGCAGAAGCUGCAGUCUGGUAAACGCCGUUGCCGGUCGCCAAUAUUAUUGUGGUUGAUUGGUUGCCCCGAGACCCAUCCGCCGCCACCACCGUCUAGUGUUACUGUUCCGACGCCGAUUAUAAGGCCGUAUUAAGACUGUAAUGGUUUUUAAACAAAAUAUACAAUCAUUGACCGAGAGAUGCAUAACUCAACGUAUGCUUGUUUGUCAAGAUCAAACAGUACAAAUCAACCAUCAUCCGACCAGGAAGGCAUAGAUCGUCAAAACAAUUUAAUGUUUACCAAACUUCCAUUGCCUAAAUUAGAAAAUGAUUUACAAAAUUAUAAUUUGAGGUUGGACAACAGGCCAAACUCUGAACAGAACAAAGAUGGUACGGCAGAUCAAACGAUAAGAAGGUAUAGAACAGCAUUCACGAGAGAACAGUUGCUUCGAUUAGAAAAAGAAUUUUACAAAGAAAAUUACGUGUCCAGGCCGAGAAGAUGCGAGCUUGCCACCGAAUUAAAUCUUCCCGAGUCGACGAUAAAGGUAUGGUUUCAAAACCGGCGGAUGAAGGACAAACGACAGAGGAUCGCCAUGGCGUGGCCGUAUGCCGUGUACACGGACCCGACGUUUGCGGCCACGGUGCUGCAGGCUGCCGCGGCCAGCGCGCACGCCAACGGCACGCUGCCCGACAUAGCGGCCAUUGCCAAUGCUUACCAGUACUCGGCGGCAGCGGCGGCCGCGGCCGCUGGGCCGUCGUACUUCCAUGGACAUGGAGGUGGCGGCGGUGGCGAGUACGGUAAGUUCCAGCCUCAGCACUACGUCGGUCCGGUUCCACCUCCGCCACCAGCACCGCCGACCCAGUCGCUUCAGCAGAUGAUGAAGAAACCGUUCGGGCCAUUCGUGGGCCAUCAUCAUCACCAUCACCAUCACCAUCAGUUCGCGGCCGAUGCUGCUGCCAUGGCCGCAGCCACCGACGCUUCCACGUCUGAAUCCAGCAACGGUCACCAUCACGCGGCGACCAGUUAUGACGGCCACAAGGCUGCGGCGGCCGAUCACAAAACGCCUUCGGCCACGGUAGACAACAAUAAAACGACGACUUCGGCGGCAGCGACGUCGUCGUCGUCCUCGUCGUCGGCCGCGGACGCCACCGAUUUUUCCGUCGCGGCCGCCGGUACGAGCUGCAAGUGUGGAAUAGUCGAUUGCGUACUGACCACUUCCGGAAAACCGGUUAACAAUAACGGCGCGACGGACGAGUCUACGACACCGACCGCCGCUGACCGCGGCUUGCCAUCACAGCCAUUUUUCAUGACUUCCAGUGCAACUGAAACCGGUAGGGACGACAUACAGUCGGCAGAAUGUUCGUUGGCCGUCCACAAGCAUGUCUACCACAAGGAGUACGCCAAAAACAAACUGUUCCAGCCCUACAAAUCAGACGUGACGACCGCGAAACUCAAUCUGUAAACUAUAAUAACACUACACCUAUAACACACACAAAAUAUAUAAUAUUAUUAGUAUUAGGUACCUAGUAAGUACUGUUACUAAAUUAUAAAUAGCACGACUAACCCGUUGUAACACUAUAAUAAUAUUAUUAUAAACGACAUUAAACGGUAGUUUAAGAGGACACUACACGGCCAUUUGUUGUCUUUGUCCCACAAGUGCGUAAUAGCAAAUGUACGCUCAGGAGAACGCGUUUAGCUACGCUAGUCUAAAAAUUAGAGGGAAUCGACCUAUUAUGAAACUUAAUGGUAAGUACAUUAUCUGUGUUUGCACGUCGGAUUUUUACGAUGGUUAAAUUUUUUAGUAAGUUAUGCGUAUAUAAUAUAGCGUAAAUUAAAAAUGCUCAUAUAACUCACUUAUAAACAGAAUUAUCGUAAAAAAUCCACAAACAAACACAGAUAAUGUUCUUACCAUCAAGUUUCAUUAUAGAUUGAAUCACUCUAAUUUUCAAACCAGCUCAGUUAAAUGUGAUAUUCUGAGUGUAAAUUUGCUGUGUAUACAUUUGUAAGAUGGAGGCAACAAAUAUCUGUGUAGCGUCCUCUUAAUACCUACUAUAAUAUGGUAAUAAACAAUAUAGGUUAUCUACCUAGACUCUAUUGAACAAUAUACAUAUUAUAUUAUCAUCGUACACAAUACGAUUAUCUCAUUGGAACACUAUUAAAUUAUUAUAUUAUAUCGCGUACAGGGUGUGUAAACAUAGUUAUAAUAAUACGUACAAUGUUUAUGAUGUUAGAGGAGUCCGACCACGCGCUCUAGUCUUACCCGUAAUACAGUAAAUUAUUAAUCUAAUAAUAUGGUAACCUCGAGUAAGUACCGAUAUAAUGUUAUUGUUUCCCUGAAUUCUAAACUUUGAAGAUAAAUGCAUAUUAAACACUCUGUCCGGUGUCGAAAUCUUGUCGGCCAAAUAUAUACUCCGUUAGACAGCAUGAUCAUAAAACAAAUCUCUUGGCACUUACCCCUGAACAUUUUCAAACCAUGGCCUUCAUAUACACACUAUAUGCUGUCUAUGCAGUAUGCACUAUGAUCGUUUAUUUCUUGGACGUUCUUCGUGUGGUUUUUCAUUUCUAUACAACUUGUACUCGAUUUUGAAGCAGACGAUUUGUAGUGCAAAUUUGUCGCCUCACGACCACAUGGCAUUAUGACACAAUAAACGUUAACACAUUUUUAUAAAUUCAAUUUUCGAUACGGUCUUAUUGGGGAAUACGUUUAAGCAAGACUUUUUUGUACGACGAAAAAUAUAAGAUUCGGGAUAAAAUUUAAAUUUCCAUCUACCAACCUCUGUAUAAGUUGCUAAAUAUUUUGAUCGAUUCGUGUAGAAUGGUUUUAUUAAGGAAGUGUACAUUUUCAUAAAACCUGCAGUGUGUCGUCUUUCACAUGUGAUAGCUUUCAUGGGAUAGCAUUGUCAUUAAAUGUCAUUAUGAAAUAAAUUUUUCUAGACGUUCAGACUAAGAGUGGUCCGCUUCAUUUUAUUAUGUUCACUACCAUCAUUACAAACCACAUUAUUCGAGUACAGAAUAGGUAUAGGUACCUACCAACAACACUCCUUAUCACCCCAUGGUGCCGGAUUUAGAGAUGUAGGUCCCAUACUUUUAUUCGUGAGAAGCCCUGAGUUAUUAAUUAUAAGACCCUUUCCAAAUGGCCAAACUUAGGUUAUCUUAGUACAUUUUGGCGAUUCCACGGGCCAUGAGUACCUCCUUCUAAUGCGGGCACAUGUUGCCAAAAUAUUAUAUGAUAUAAUAUACCUAGUUUAUAGAACACAAUAGACAUCCUGCUUUUCAGAAAAUCGAUAAAGUACGCGGAUAACUAAUAACUAUUUGUUUCGUUGUUCUUGUAGGUACUAUAAUAUAUAUUAUAUAAAUAUCCUUCGUGUGCAAGCACAACGUUAAUAUAUAGGUACCGCUACCUAAUUGUCAAACGUCCGUUAAAUGUUAAUAAUUCGUACCAUAUUGUUCCACACAUUCAUAUUUUCCUAUUAUUUCAUAAUUCUAAAGAAUGACACCCAUAUAGGUAGGUAGUAACAAUUUGUUAAAGCCUGUAAGUCUACUGCACGGCUGCAAUUUUAUUUCAUAAAUUAAAACUGUAUUAGUCAACAGUUUUACACAUAACAAAUAUUGUGUGUGUGUACAAAAUAACCAGUACAUUUUUAUUUUUAUUUAAUUUUCUAGUUCUAUGUUAACUAAUGAAACCAAAAAAUACAAAAUGUAUGUCGAGUGACCGAUUGAUCAUUUAAUUAUAGGUCAACAGCGGAUGUCCUUUAUUUAUCCAUUUCACACAUUUCAUGCUGUAUCAUUGGAUCUUGUAAAUAUAACAUAUUAUUAUAGCUAUUACAAGUUCCUUACUUUCUUACUAUAAAUAAACAAUGAAUUCACCAAAUAUAAGUCAACUGAUGUGAAUAUUGUAAAACUGGAUGAAUAUAAUAUUAUAUAGUAUGCAUAAAACGUUAAUAUUCUUACCGAAACGACAUUAAUAGGGUUCUGAAGUUCAUAGAGUUCGAGGCCAACCGGUUUUAGAGUAAAAUUGUACAAUUGGGAAGUAAUAUUACCGUUUAUGAGGUAUAAGUACGUAUAAAUAUUUAUCUUUUUCUUUAUAUGUUGAGCAAAUUAAAUUAUUACUUAAUAUGCUACGAUGGUAUUUGAAGACCUCGUUAGUUUUUAUUAAAAUUAUGUAGACGUAAAACUCCAAGAUAACUAUAUAAGAUUUUAUAUGAAAUGCUAAACUGAGCAAAAAAAAAUCCACAAUGAAAAGUUCAUAUUUUUAUACUAAUUACCUGCCAUGAUUAAAAUAAAAAUAAUAAUUUUAUAUAUUGUUUCAUUUUCAAAAAAAGUUCAUAAUUUCUACUGUCUAUUGUCUUAUACUAUACUGUGAACUACCUACACUAAGGUCCUAAGGAUACUUACUUAAAAUUUGUUUUUAAAUGUAUAUUUAACCUUCAAUACAUAUCCGCACAAUGUAUUUAUAUCUUAUAUUAAACACUACAUUUCCAAAAUAUUAAAAAGGUUUUAAAUUAUUAUUUCAUUCUUCUUAUAAAUAUUGAUUUGAUAUUUGAGCAUACUAAAUUCACUAUUAUCGUGGUGUAUAAAAAUAUUCUUUACCAUGGAUUGACUAAAAAAAAAAAUGUUUAUAAUAUCUACACAUAUGUGUAAAACAGGAAUAUGUCUAUAAUAAAACAAUUUUAGCAGCAUUAUGUUUAAAAUAACAUUUAAAUGUUUUUAAUUAAAACAAGAAACGAUUUUAUAAAUUGUAUAAUGAUCUAAAACAUUGUGAUUAAUGAUUAUGUUACACUGAUAAAUACCUACUAAAAUUAAAAAUUAAAUGGAAUUUACCUAUAUUUUAUAAAUUUUUCAUAGGUGUCAACUUUGAAUUUGAUAUUGUGUAAAUAAUUAUUUAUAGAAAUAAUAUUAUGUUAUAGAACGUACGUUGCUAAUAUAAAAAUGUGUACGUACCUGUAUAAGAACAAUUUCCCUGAUAGGUAACUAUAUUCGUUUAUGCAUUUUUUUUUAUAUUCUUGGUAAAAAGCUUUAACUACAUAGGUUCUGUAUGUUUUUAGCCUACAUUCACUUAAUAUUUAAAGAGGUAUUAAUAUACAUUAAAUCUUAAUACAAAUAUGGACGUUUACGAAUUGUAAUAUAUGUCUAUUCUGGAACCUAUAGAACCUGUAAUAAUAUAUUUAAUUUAUCCCUUUUUAAUGUUGUGCAAGAUUAUGUAUAUAUAAUAACGCUGUAUUAUUAUUUCUGCUUCUUCUUCUGCUUUCAUAUUUAGUACUCUCAAAAACCCCGUAUCACUUGUUCUAAUUUUAUAGUUUAGGACUUGAGAAAAUACAUGCACCAUGCGUGCUGUUGUAGAAAAACUUUAAUAUACCUAACAAGCUUAUGUGCCAAUUUUGAAUGUCUCCCAAACAAGUAUUACACUUUAUUAAACUUAACUUGUACAUUUAUAUUGAUGUAACAUAUUUAAUACCUGUAUAAUAUUUUGUUUUAGUGUAUUAAAUGAUACUGACUGAAAUAAUUAAUAAACUUUGAUAACAAAAUUGUUUUACCAAAAAAAUAAAACUCAAGAUUUAUGACAAUUAAUGUAAAAAUGAAUAAUUUAGUUUUCAAUAUUUAUGUACAGUUUAAUAUUUAUAGAAUAUUUAAUAUUUACUCAUAGAAUUUCGAAGUACACUAUUAGACAUUUAAACUUUAAUUAUGAAACAACAAUGUAUUGCGUUUAAAAUUAACUAAAAUAUUUGUAAUAUAGGUACUUUAGAUACCUACCUUUAAUAAUUUAUUUACUUUUGUAAAUAGAAUAGUAUUAGAAUUUUAGUAAGUAUAGUUAAUCUAAACAUUUAAGUAUAUUUACCUAUUUCACUUAUCCAACGAAAUAAAAUAAAGUUUUGUAUAAAAAUUAGUAUAAUAUUACGAUAUAAUAUGUUUAAGUAAAUAGUUUUUCUGCUAAUAAAUUGAUGUAAAAAGAAGAAAACUAGGUACUUAAUUUAAGAGUUCCAUUUACCAGUAAUUUAUAUUGUACUUUUUUUUUUAGACUAUUAGAUUAAACUAAUGUGAAUAAAAAAAAUAUUCUUUUUAUGUAUAUAAAGUAUGAAACUAAUAAAAUGUAUAGGUACAUUUAAUAAAUACUACUUUACUCAGUUGAAUGUAUUAGUAAUUAUAAUUGGUAGUAAAGUUUGAGUUUCAAGAAAUGAUUAAAUGUUAACAUUACGAAGUUCGCUAAUCUAUAAUGUAUAAUAUCUAUAAUGAAUCAUCUCAAAACAUAAAAAAGUAUCCUAAAUUCCUAAUGUUUGACGCUAUAUACCUAAACAUACUAUAUUUAUUGUUUAAUUUUUUUAAAAGAAAAUUGUGGUUAUAUCUUAGUUUUAUUUGGUAAAUAAAAAUAGUCAUACUGUAUGUUCUCGUUUUAUUUAUGUUUAUUAUUGCACCAAAUUCACCUUAAGGUUAUAUUUCAAAUCAUUUUUUAUCAACCAUUUUAGUAGAGAAAAAAUAUAAAUAAUAAAUAACAGUGUACUAUUUAUAGUGUGUACCAUGUGUGGAUUAAUAUUCCUAUGUAGUUUAUAAGACAUAUGCUGGAAAAAUCAAUAACUAAACACAAUUUGUUCAGUACAAUUUUUUGAACAAAAAAUAUUAUAAUAUUAUUCAUUGGUAUUACAUAUUAUCUAUUACUAUACAAUUACUAAUAUUUAUUAUAAUAUUAUAAGUAACUCUAAGAUAAAUAUUUAAUU